AUGGAGAAGAUGCAGAAGGUCUCCUCCAUCCCGUCGAAACCCCGGCCGCCGAAGACCGCGACGCGGCCCGCCGCCUUCGCCGCCGCCGCCGGGCACUCCGGCCCCGCCCCGCGCUUCUUCGUCACCACCUUCGACCCCUCCAAGUCCCUCACCCCAGCUCCCGCGCCCCUCGUCAUCCCGCCCCUUCCCAACACCCUCAACCCCACCGCCGGCGACGGCCCUGCCUUCGUGCUCGCCGCCUCCGCCGACGCCUCCUCUUCCAGCCUAGGCUACGGCCUCACCCCCAGCGGCGGCGACCUGACGCUGCGGCGGUUCAACGACGACAUGGCCACCCUUCCCGACAUCCAAGGGGCGGAGGAGUACGAGGAGGUUCCGGUGGAGGGAUUCGGUGCCGCGCUCCUCGCUGGCUACGGCUGGAAGAAAGGGGAUCCGAUCGGCAGGGACAAGAGCAAGCGGGACGCCAAGGCCGUCGAGCGUGGCCGCCGCUUCGGCACACAAGGCUUGGGCUCCGACCCUUCGAAGGAGACUGCAUCGCCCUCGCGCUCGCGCCGCCCUCUUCCUGCGGGCAGGGAAGGGAAUAUGUCGUCCAAGAAGAAGAAGAAGAAGCAGAGAUUGGAGUAG